GGGCUAUGCGACAAGCUCGGCACAGACCAUGCAAAUUCACCUGUACACAAAAUCGAUAAUUUGUUUUAGCUAUUACUUGUGCAUAUUUAGCUAUUAAGCGCAAGGAUGUCGGUUGUAUUGUCUCCAGCAUACCUUUAGCGGCCUCCCAAGCACUGAGCGUAGCCCCUCCUUCCCUUCUCUUUUGCCCCGCCGCGUUCCGUUACGUCUGGCCGCCCCCCUCUCGGCCCAGCAGCGGAUCGUCUCUCCUCUUUCACUGGAGCUCCGAGCGCCGGACCGCACUCUCAGAGCACACAGCCAUGGCAGAAAACGCCGGCUUGGAGAACCACCGCAUCAAAAGCUUUAAAAACAAGGGACGCGAUGUCGAGACUAUGAGAAGACAUCGAAAUGAAGUGACAGUGGAGCUGCGGAAGAACAAAAGAGAUGAACACCUCCUGAAGAAGAGGAACGUUCCACAGGAAGAGAGCCUUGAAGACUCCGAUGUAGAUGCUGAUUUCAAAGGGCAAAAUGUAACGCUAGAUGCUAUACUACAGAAUGCCACCAGUGACAAUGCGGUCGUACAGCUCAGUGCCGUGCAGGCAGCCAGGAAAUUGCUUUCCAGCGACAGAAAUCCCCCCAUUGACGACUUGAUAAAGUCUGGGAUCCUCCCCAUCCUGGUCAAAUGCCUGGAGAGGGAUGACAAUCCUUCCUUGCAGUUCGAAGCUGCCUGGGCUCUGACCAACAUCGCGUCCGGCACCUCCGCACAGACUCAAGCUGUGGUCAAAUCCAACGCUGUCCCCUUGUUCCUGCGGCUGCUCCACUCCCCCCACCAGAACGUGUGUGAACAGGCCGUCUGGGCGCUAGGCAACAUCAUCGGCGAUGGGCCCCAGUGUCGAGAUUACGUCAUCUCCCUGGGCGUGGUCAAGCCUCUGCUGUCCUUCAUCAAUCCUUCCAUUCCCAUCACCUUCCUCCGCAAUGUCACCUGGGUCAUCGUCAACCUGUGCCGGAACAAGGAUCCACCCCCGCCCAUGGAGACAGUGCAGGAGAUACUGCCUGCUCUGUGUGUGCUAAUAUAUCAUACAGACAUCAAUAUCCUUGUAGACACAGUGUGGGCUCUGUCCUACCUGACGGACGGAGGUAACGAACAGAUCCAAAUGGUCAUUGACUCAGGUGUGGUCCCAUUCCUCGUCCCCUUGCUCAGCCACCAGGAGGUCAAAGUUCAGACGGCCGCCCUCAGAGCGGUGGGUAACAUUGUGACAGGGACGGACGAGCAGACGCAGGUGGUGCUGAACUGCGACGUGCUCUCCCACUUCCCCAACCUCCUCACACACCCCAAGGAGAAGAUCAACAAGGAGGCAGUGUGGUUCCUGUCCAACAUCACAGCUGGGAACCAGCAGCAGGUGCAGGCCGUGAUUGACGCAGGGCUCAUCCCCAUGAUCAUCCACCAGCUGGCCAAGGGCGACUUCGGCACACAGAAAGAGGCCGCCUGGGCCAUCAGCAACCUGACAAUAAGCGGGAGGAAAGACCAGGUGGAGUACCUGGUCCAGCAGAACGUCAUCCCGCCCUUCUGCAACCUGCUGUCAGUGAAAGACUCCCAGGUGGUCCAGGUGGUGCUGGAUGGGCUGAAGAACAUCCUGAUCAUGGCAGGGGAGGAGGCGAGCACCAUCGCCGAGAUCAUCGAAGAGUGCGGAGGCUUGGAGAAAAUCGAAAAUCUUCAGCAGCACGAAAAUGAGGACAUCUACAAGCUAGCGUUUGAGAUCAUCGAUCAGUACUUUUCAGGAGACGACAUUGACGAGGAUCCCAGUCUUAUUCCUGAAGCCACUCAAGGCGGAACUUUCAACUUCGACCCCGCCUCCAACCUGCAGACCAAGGAGUUCAAGUUUUAAAGCAGUUUUUUUCCAUUUUUUUUUUCUCGUGGUUCCGCCAACUGCCCGGCACGUCCCAUCACCUCCAGUCCAUUGCAACAGAUUCACAAACCGGAAACACACACAGACACACGCUCAUAUACACACAGCACCCACGCACUGAAGGAUCAGAGACCAUCUCAGGCAUCUCCCCCCGGCGAUGCUUCUAAACGUCAAGGAAAAUUUCAAAAGCGGGGAAAAAACGCUUUGUGUCACUGCGGUUGCCAAACGUUGCUCUCUUCUCACACAAAGACUAGAGGAAUAUGUGUGCAUGAACAUACCAGCCCGUUUCCCCUGCCAUCAUAUCAGCGAAGAAAAAAAUCCCAACAUUUCUGAGCAGGGUUUUUUUUUUUUUUUUUGCCUUUCCCUCCCAGGAAUCCCCCCUCAGACUCACUCAAGCGAUCACUGAGUGCACCAGCCACCCUGAUUUGAAGAUGUACAACCUCCGAGCUAAACCAUGUGGCACUGUGAUGUCGCCUGUUCUGUGGAGGCUCUCUAAGAUAGCGGGAGGAGUUGUCAUUGUGGUGGUGGACUUGACAGGACUUUUGUUGCCCGUCGCCACUGAUUUUCUGUUUUGGUGUUUUCUGAAAUCAUCAUAGAAGAAUGGAUUUUUGUGUAUAAAAAAGGAGAAAAAAACACAAAAAAACAAUGUGAACAAGAAAAUACUCAUAAAACUUGCAAAUGGUUAAGUGGGAAAGAUUCAUUUUACUCCAGUCUGAAAAAAUGAGAAAGACAGCAAAACUUUGUCAUGUUGGAUCUUUUUAUAGAUCUGGAAACCAGGAAUUUGGGAGGGAAAUGAGAAGAAAGUGUUGUGAUGUGAUAUCUGCUCUCGCAGAGACCUGAGAAGAUAUGAGACUUCUGGAAGACUGAGGCCCUACUGCACUAGUGAUGUCACUGCCUACAUCCAGCCUCAUUGGAUAAGCAGAUGUGAUGUCACAGGCUACAUCCUUCUUGAUUGGAUCGGCAGUAGGGAAUGGUGUUGCAUGUCCUGGUGUAAAACCAUUAGUGUGCUGAUUGAUAAGUUCCUCUCAAUGAAACAAACAAACCUGUAACAGCCAGGCUUGCUUUGGGCUGAUCAUUUAUUUUCUUUCAAUUAUUUUUAAAAUAUUAAUUUACUUUUCCCCAUUUUAGAAUAUAUCACAUUUUUAGGUUUCAUGAGAAAAGGACAAAAUAUGGUAACAGUUGUUGGACUGUGCUGGUUUAAUCUGUGGAUCUUCCACAUUUGAAGCUUUUUUUUUUUCCAGUCUUAUGCACACUCCUGACUUGUACCCCUGUGGUUACCAUGGAGGAUGGUAGCCUUUCAGAUUAGAUGCAAGAAUGGAA